GCCUUUCCGGUCAGUGACUGGUGACAGCGGUGGGAGCGCUGCGGCUGCCGGAUGGCUUCAUUUCAAAGAUCAAACAGCCAUGACAAGGUACGAAGGAUUGUGGCAGAGGAAGGACGUACGGCUCGAAACCUGAUUGCAUGGAGUGUCCCUUUGGAAAACAAAGAAGAUGAUGGGAAACCAAAGUGGCCAUGUGGGAAACCUAAAAGAGGAACUCAUGGAGCGCACAAAUCAUCCAAACAGAACAAUAACUUACAAUGCAAAUUAAAUGCUGGAUCUAAUGCUGAUAAAAUUCAUGACAAAAGCCCAACCAAAGCAAGGCAUCCAAGGAAAGUGGACCUGCGUGCACGCUACUGGGCCUUUCUUUUUGACAACCUAAGGAGAGCUGUGGAUGAGAUUUAUGUGACUUGUGAAUCGGACCAGAGUGUUGUUGAGUGCAAGGAAGUUUUGAUGAUGCUGGAUAACUAUGUGAGAGAUUUCAAGGCGCUUAUUGACUGGAUUCAGCUUCAGGAGAAGCUGGAGAAGACAGAUGCCCAGAGCAGGCCUACGUCUUUGGCUUGGGAAGUGAAGAAAAUGUCCCCAGGACGCCACGUCCUGCCUAGUCCAUCAUCUGACAGAGUAAGCUCAACAUCCAGUGCCAGAAGGGCCCUCAAUUUUGGGGGUCCUUCUAUCAAUAUUGCUCCCAAUCGUCUGACAGGUGUGAGUUGGGCGGAUAAAGUAAAAGCUAGCCACAGCAGCUCUGCAGGAGAACAAGUUACGGAACCAGUGUAUACAAACGUGCCAAUCCCAACACAGAGAACGCAUCUUGAAAACGAACGGUUGGAUGCAGAAGGCUGGGAGACAGUGCAGCGUGGUAGGCCAGUCCGCUCCAGGUCUACAACGGUAUCAAACAAGAAACCUUCCCUACUAGUCACUGAGAAAAGGACGAAAGAUGACAGUGACAAAGAGAACAUGUUUUUCACAUCACCUGCUGAGUUUCCACAGGAGGUUAAGAAAUCAGAGCUCCCCCCAGUUCUUGUCGAGCCCCCUCCUAAGGAGUUGCUGUGCCCGUGUGAAAUUCCGGUGCAAGAAAUAACGCAGUUUACUGUCCACAAAGCUUUAGAAGAACUAAAGACACCCCAAUUAACCCCUUCCCUGCCGUGCCUGGAUAUCCCUGUUGUGUUUCUCGAUCCGCUGUCUAAAUUGCGGAAGGCGGAGAUAAUGCGUUCAUCGGACUGCGUAUCAGUAGGGGAAGUGAAGCCGAGCAGUGAUAUGGAACUUUCAAACGUGAGUGCUGGAAAACUGUCAAUGGCAGAAGUCCUGGCCAAAAAAGAAGAGUUGGCUGAUCGUUUAGAGAAAGCAAAUGAAGAGGCCAUAGCAAGUGCUAUUGCAGAAGAAGAACAGCUCACAAGAGAGAUCGAGGCAGAGGAGAACGAUAUAGAGAUUGACAAUGAGAGCGAAUUCUCUGCCAGCAUGGGCAGUGGAAGUAUCUCAUUCGGUGGUAUGUCCAUGGACUGGAACGAAGUUUUAGCAGAUUAUGAAGCACGUGAAUCUUGGAGACAGAACACGUCCUGGGGAGAUAUUGUAGAGGAAGAACCUUCAAGGCCUCCAGGACAUGGAAUCCACAUGCAUGAAAAGCUUUCUUCACCAUCAAGAAAAAGAACAAUUGCUGAAUCCAAAAAGAAGCAUGAAGAGAAGCAGCUUAAAGCACAACAACUGAGAGAGAAGCUCCGGGAGGAGAAAGCUCUCAAACUUCAAAAGUUGUUGGAACGGGAGAAGGAUGUGACGAAAUGGAAGGAGGAAUUACUGGAGCAGAGGCGUAAGAUGAUGGAUGAAAAGUUACUCCACGCAGAGUUUAAGCGAGAGGUUCAACUACAAGCAAUUGUGAAGAAGGCACAGGAAGAAGAAGCAAAGGUUAAUGAGAUUGCAUUCAUAAAUACCUUGGAAGCACAGAACAAGCGUCAUGAUGUUCUAGCCAAGCUAAAGGAAUACGAACAAAGACUAAACGAACUGCAGGAAGAACGGCAGCGGAGGCAAGAGGAGAAGCAAGCUCGUGAUGAAGCUGUGCAGGAACGCAAGCGAGUCUUGGAAGCCGAACGCCAAGCUAGAGUCGAAGAAUUAUUGAUGAAGAGAAAGGAGCAAGAGGCUCGCAUAGAAAUGCAACGGCAAGAGAAGGAGCGGGCUCGAGAAGAUGCAGCUAGAGAGAGGGCUCGGGACAGAGAAGAGAGACUGGCGGCUCUGACAGCAGCACAGCAGGAAGCUAUGGAGGAGCUCCAGAAAAAGAUUCAACUCAAGCAUGAUGAGAGCGUUAGGAGGCACCUGGAACAGAUCGAACAGAGGAAGGAAAAGGCAGCGGAGCUCAGCAGCGGGAGACAUGCAAGUACUGAGUAUGCUCCAAAACUCACCCCAUAUGAGCGGAAGAAGCAAUGUACUCUAUGCAAUGUGACGAUUUCUUCUGAUGUUUACCUUCUUAGCCACAUUAAAGGAAGGAAGCACCAGCUAGCCGUGAGAGAGAACAGCAGUAUCCAGGGUAGAGAGCUCUCCGAUGAAGAAGUGGAACAUCUUUCAUUAAAAAAAUAUAUAGUGGAUAUACUGGUUGAAACAGUUGCCCCAGUGGAGCUUGUAAUGGAUGGUGAAGACAAGCAAAAGAAUAAGAAAAAAGCUAAAAAGCUGAAGGCGCGAUUAAAUAGCAGAGCCAAGGAGUAUGAGAACACAUUGGAAGCCAAAACCCCUGUGUCUGAUUCUUCAUACAAAGCAAAAUUGCAAAGACUUACUAAGGAUCUGCAAAAGCAGCUUCAAGCACAGGACAGUGGAGCCUGGGCCACCAAUAAGAUCUCCGCACUGGACCGAGCACUGGGAGAGGUGUCACGGAUCCUUGAGAAGCAGAUUGUUGCCGAUCAGAUAGCAUUCCAGACAGCAGGUGGACUGUCCGUUCUAGAACAGAUUCUGCAAACAACAGCACCCAUGGGCAACUCCGGUACAGCCUCCCGUGUGCCAUUCAAGUCUCUUUGUAAUGCUGUCAAUAUCUACACAUUAACCUGCACUAACUGUCCUGAGACCUGCACCUACAUUCUGCUGAGCAGUAAAAUCACAUUUCUUCUGGAGCUCCUUAUACAACAGCUAACGUUAUUUGUGCCAGAUGAAGAUAAGACCAUCCUAGGAAGGAGUGUUAACAAGCAGGUCUUUGAAGGUGUGACAACUGGACUUCUUCUUCUGUGCUCUCGGAUUUUCAGAAGCAUCAACUACAACUCACUACUAGCCGGAGGUGACAAGACGGACAUUACCAAAAUAAGGCCAGACACCAAGAGUAAGGCAUCCUUGGCCGACUCGUUGAGCAGCCGCAUCCAAGAUGUAAUUAGUUACAUGGUGAAUAUCGGACUGGUUGACAAGUUGUGUGGCUGCUUUCUCUCCAUACAAGGUCCUCUUGAUGAGAGCCCCAAAGUGUCAGCAUUUUUGCAGGCGGCAACUUCCCUGUUGGAGCAGCUGUGCAGGUUGUGCAUGUCUGUGACAAAAAGCAGAUCUUCAGAUAUAUUUGAAGCGUCCCAGGAUCCCACUGGACUAUCAGCUUCUCUCCAGAGUUCAGACCUUGUAGGUGUUUUGCACAUGUUGUAUUGUGCAUUGUUUCAUAGCACAACCUCGGAUCCCAACGGUUCCAGCUCCAAAGAGACAUAUGAGCACAACACUAUCCAAGUGGCAUCUCACAGCUUACGGUUCCUAAACAGCUUUGCUACCCUUGAUCUCCAAGCCUUUCAGUCUGUUGUAGGUGCAGAAGGCCUUUCUCUUGCCUUUCGCCAUGUGAUCAGUUCCUUGCUCUGGUUUUGCUCUCAGUACACGUGUGAGGAGCUUCUCCAUGAAAUUAUUGUAUGCGUUGGAUAUUUCACUGUGAAUCACACUGACAAUCAGGUUAUUGUCCAGUCAGGCCGUCACCCCACGGUCCUGCAGAAACUCUGCCAGCUUCCCUUCCAGUACUUCAGUGACUCUCGACUGGUCCGACUACUCUUUCCCACACUGAUCUCUGCCUGCUACAACAACCCGCAGAACAGACUGAUAUUGGAACAGGAGUUAAGCUGUCAGCUGCUCGCUACUUUCAUUCAGGACUGUUUGCAAGGAUCAAGUCAUCCCGAAAGCAGGACGUCUCAAAACAAAGAUAAUUCUGAGCAUUACCUGGAAUUCUCCAGCCGUUUCCCUCGUCAAAACUGGGAACUUUCUCGACAAUUCUUUCUGAAGAAGGACAGUGACUAAUAAAGAAUAUGACCCUUCAUAGUUUUU